UUUUGCAUGAUUUGCUAAGUUACUGUGUCCCGUAUUUUACAUUGGUGAUUUGGAAUUCAGAUUUAUUUGAAAUUUUUAAAACAAAUGAGAAAUGUCUUUCAUUCGGACACUUUGGAAAUGUAAUUUUGGUCCUCGACUUUUCAAAGUUUAUGAAAUAACUUGGAUCGGACGUUUAGUAGAAAAAUCAUAUGAGCCUAAUAGUUUAGAACGCUGGGGCGAUCAAAUCGUAAUUUGCUUUGCAGCAAUUUGGUCUAUAAGUCUCUAUACAAUUCCAUUAGUGGCUAUCUUUUUCUAUCAACAUAGUAUUUCUAUAACUGAGAAUAUUUCUUCUUUGAGUAAAUUAGCAGCUGGUGCUAGUGCAAUUUUCAUUGCAGCAUUAACUGCUCGAGGUUGUUCUAGAGCCACUAAUCCAGUAUAUUUAAAAUUCUUAAAAACACUCAAUGAAGCAAAUGCACAUUAUAAUGCAGAAACAAAGCAAGAACUUGAUAAAUAUGAAUUUGAGUUUUGGGCAAGACCUAUAGAUUUUAAGAUUAACGAUAUAGAAAGAGAUGCAACUAGAGAAAAGUUGACUUUAGAAAAAAUUGCAGCCUCUAGUGGCCGCAUAAAAAGGCAAACUGGUAAAGAAUAUAUAUUUACGUUGCCUUGUAAGUUUUUAUCAUAUAUUGUAGCUCACACUUUUGCUAUUAAGAUGAUAUAUCCUGGAAGUGUAUCUGUUCUUAAUUGGAUAUUUCGAUCUACACUUUUACAAGGAAGAAUACAUCUAAUAAAGCAUGGUGGGGAAAGGUACAAAUUGUUAACUGCAGAUAAAAAUGAAAUUGACACUAUAUUUAUUGACCAACGUAACAAAACAACAAAUGGCAAUGUAUUAGUUAUUACUUGUGAAGGAAAUUGUGGAUUUUAUGAAACUGGUAUUAAAUCAACUCCAAUGAAUAAAGGAUAUUCCAUAUUGGGUUGGAAUCAUCCAGGAUUUGGUUGUAGUACUGGUGCGCCGUAUCCUCUCCAAGAAGAAAAUGCUAUCGAUUGUGUAAUGCGUUUUGCGAUCGAUUACUUAACAUUUCCUGAGGAACAAAUAAUUCUUUAUGGUUGGAGCAUUGGUGGAUAUACUGCGACAUGGGCUGCUAUGAAUUAUCCUUCUAUACAAAGUUUGGUAUUAGAUGCUACAUUUGAUGAUGUACUUCCAUUAGCUAUUAUGACCAUGUCUUCAUCAUUAGAGGGUUUAGUACGGAACAUUAUUAGGGAUCACUUUAAUUUGAAUAUUGCUGAACAAUUAAAUAGAUACAAUGGCACAGUAUUGCUUAUACGAAGAACAGAAGAUGAAGUAGUGUGUACACCUAGUGGUAAUAGCUUAUCAGGAAAUCGAGGUAACAUGUUGCUUACAAAAUUUUUAAUACGACGUUAUCCAGAACUUUUUGCGGAAAAUUCAGAAUGUGCUGCGCUUUUAGCGAGAUUUUUGUCUGCAGAUAUAUCUACUAGAAAAUCAAUAAUUGAAACAUUGAACGUUGAUGAAAAACAAUGUUUAAAUUUUGUUGCAAAGGAUAUAGAAAAGAAUAAUGGUAUUAUAAAUUAUCCUUCUAUGCUUGGUCAAGACUGUGAUUCUAAAAUAAAACAACAAAUCAUUCUAUUUCUGGCAACAAUGUAUAUGAAGGAUCAACCAUCAUCACAUUGUACACCGUUAGCAGUGGAUUUGUUUCAGCCUGGUUGGAAUCCUACGACUGCAAUGUCCAUAACAGAAUGAAAGUUCUGUGAUAUAUAAUUGACUAAGAGCUUCAUUCAAGAUUCUUAUUCUUAUGAUAAUAGGAACUCUUAAGAGUCAUAAUAAUUUUCGAUGCAUUUUACAUUAAGUUUUACUAAUAAGUGUUAUUUAUUCUAUAUGAAUUUCAGUCUAUUUUUUCAAAAUGAUACAAAUAUUAUCAAUUCUAAAUUGAUAAAAACAUUACUUUUAAUUAUAAUUUUUAUAUCCAUUAACUAAAGUUCUAGUCUAUUAUAAUUUCGGUAUUUUAUAAUUUGGAAAUUUGUAUCUUCAUUAACAAUAUGCACAAUAAUAUAAUUGUUUAUAUAUAAACAAAA